AUGAACUUUGACAGGCCGGGAUUUCCGCCUCCUUUCCCGCCUGCAGAAGCCGAUUGGGGCAUUGAGGAGACGUCCCACCAUCGAAAACGGUUUGACUCCGUCAGCACCAGUGAGUGCUCCCAGCCGCACCGAAGCAAAGAGUAUGAUUUGCGGUCGCCGACUCUCUGUAACCGCACAAACUCGUUCGGCAUGAACUCCGAUAUCCUCUACACGGGCCACGGGAGGAGAGACAAUCUCAUUACCAUGAAGCCGUGUACCGAAAACUUCAGUAAAUUCAUCCUCAAGUAUCUCCGUCUCCCCCCAAUCAGGGCACUGCUAGUGGAGAAGUUCAAGUACAACCUAGUGCUCUCGAAUCUUUUGGACGAUUCGCUCGUGCUUUCCAAGAAUGAGCAGGCGCUCGAAGGCUUAUUACAGGCCAGGAGCUCGGGGGAGCACCACGUGCCUGUAUCUUUAAAACGAAAGUUUAGUGACGACGGCAUCCGGUUGAAAAUCGUCAACAAGAAGUACGUCUUACUCGUACCGUCAUCCCUACUGCGCCCGGAGCUCCUUUUUAACACGAUCAGCUUGAUAAUCUUUCUCUUGAAGCAAAUCAAGUUCUCUUCUUCUCGCAUGAAGCUGGCCUCUCGCAUCAAGUUAUUCAAGAUCCUCUUGAUCACCUCCACCUGGAUUCUCAAGUCUAAGCGGGCUCAGGCUACCAUAGAAUCCGUACGAAGCCUACGAAGCCUAGAUGACUUCAUGAUUUCAAACUGCAAAGUCAACAAGGCCAUUAUUGCACAUAUCAUCAGGUUAAAGGAGCUGCGCUUGUUUUCAUCUCAAAGAAAGGCCCCCGCACAGCUGUCCAAUAUGGGUUCGUCGGCUUAUUCGGAAUCACCGGAUAGACACUUGGACAUGCUUCUUACCAGUCUUGUCCUCAACUUGAGAUAUUCUAUUCGCGAACUCCUUCCCUUGGCAAAUGGAGCGUUGCUUGAGAAAUACUGUCUGAUCAACAGCGUUCAAGUCAGCGCUAUUUACGAUACCCUGCAAUCUGAGCAUGAUGAUCCUCUCACGCUCGAAGCACUCACGGCGAAAUUGAGCGUGUUCAACAGCCACCGGCGCUUUUUUGUGUGCCAGCUCCUAACUGUGCACGACUGUCCUUCCCACAACUUUUUCCUCUUGACACUUUCGGAUCAUUUGAAUAUUGACGUGGCUUCCGAUCAGAUGUCGUGCACGGCCACACGCAGGGCUGCAAGGCUCGAUAAGGUGUUGCAAGAUCAUACCGGGACACUCGACCACCUUCUAGGCUUGAAUGAAAAGUUCAAGAUACUCGAGAAUUUACCAGGCUCCUCAGACUACGCGAACCAUGAUGUCUUAGCACACAACUUCAACAACAAUAAUAAAGCCGAUGACGUGCUUGCACUUGACUCUGAUGCAGAACUCAAUAACCUUAUCAACAAAUUGCUGACUGUGAUGACCAGCCUCAAAUACUUCAAAAAGUAUAGCCAACUGAUUGCCAACCUAAACAAUGCUGACGAGCACGAAGAAAGACUAGCCAUUUUUGACCUGUUUCAAGGCGACUUAGAGUCAUGCAUGGAGAUUUUUGGCACAUGUAUGGGCGAAUACAAGUCAGGCUUCCAGGAAAAGUUUAAUUCCGCAACAUCGGUAACUUCUUCAAGGUCCAACUCCCAGCGCAAUUCUUUGCACAGCGAACACAACUUUAAUCUCAAGUCGUUCCGCACCCUGUCUGCCAAGUCAAGAAAAAACAAUCUGAUUGUGUCACCUAGAGACUCACAAGUAUCUUUGGAUACAACUGGCUCACCGGAAAGGGCUGACAAACAGUCAAAGCGAGUUUCAUCGGGGCUACUGCUUGGUCUUUUGACAGUAUUAGAAGAUCCUCAACAAACGAGGGUUCAACUGAGAGCAAAUACCCUGAAGAUGUAUAAUUUCAGUGGAUUGAAUCGUGAGAGCUAUAAUCAGGCCGCAUUGGACGCUUUAACGAAAAAGGCGAAUAAUGGUCAUCAGACGGCCCGGUUUUCACGGACGUCAAUGAAUUCAAACAUCUCUGGAUUGUCCGAUCUCAUUGCUUCUACUCAAAUAACCACCGAUGAAGAUGAUGAAGAGAAUGCAAGAAUCGAACUUUUGGCCGAGGGGGCGACCCAGGGUAUGUCAAAGGCAGACCUUGAAAAGAAACUCGAGGAAAGCUUUGCAAGAAUCUACAAUUUGGAGAAGCCUCUUUUUGUCGAGGAGGACCAAGACCAAAUCAGCAUCACUAAGAACACGACGUUUUUGCGCAACUUAGAGGAAUCUCUUAGCGCCAAGCCUGGCAGCUAG